AUGUUAUUUAAAAAGUCAUCAAUGCUAAUAGCACUUUUGUUACUACUAACAAUAACAUCAUUAUCAAACAUACCGACAACAAAUGCACAAUGUUACUCGCAUAAUCCGUUAAAAAUCUCCGACAAAACUCCAGUAAAUUGUGCUGUGGUUAACGAAAGAUCAUUUGAAAAACGACAAACACUUACUCAACCGAAUAGCACACAAAUGUUUCAGAUCACAUUUACUUGUGGAAUAUCUAAUAAGUCACUCUGUACAAAAGUUAACAAUGCAUUUACGAUGGCUGGCAUGAUAAUUACUGCCACUCUGAAGUUGACUUCUCCGAUCACUGUUAAUGCUACAUUUAUAAAUUUCUGUAACUCGAUGGGUGAUUGUGGUACUAAUACUGGAUUUCUGACCUUAGCACCAGCUAGAACAAUGCCCAUGGUAGAUUUAGAUGGAAAACAAAGAUUCUAUCCGCAAGCACUAGUGAAACAAUUUGGUUAUUCAACGCAUCAUACUUACGGUCCAUUUGACAUCACUGCGCUGUUUAAUUCU